AAAAAUGGUUUCUCCAAAACUAGGCAUCAUCUCUGUACUGAGAUUAGUCCCUUUCCUUUUCAUCAAUAAUAAUAAAUCUGAUGCUGCUUCAUAUUACGCUUCUGGUUUACAUGGUGGUAGUGCUGAAGUUGCACCCUUUGCUUCUCAGAAAGUUAAUCUUUCAGUUUACUAUGCAAGCCUAAGCCAACCUUGUGCAACUUUCAUUGUGAAGAAUCUGGAGGAGAUUUUCCACAGCGAUCUCAUCAACAUUAUCAACCUCCAGCUAGUACCUUGGGCCAAUGCUUAUGUUAAUAAGACCAACCAAUCUAUAAUAUGUCAGAAUGGACCAGAUGAAUGUGAGCUAAAUUCAGUGGAGACUUGUGCCCUCAAUGUUUGGAAUGAUGUGAGCAAACAUUAUGCUCUUAUCUACUGCUUUGAGUUUCUGGCAAUUGAGGGAAGGCACAAGAAUUGGAAAGACUGUUUCAGCCAAUUGGACUUGCCUAAGGAACCUGUUCUGAACUGCUAUACCAGAAGAAAUGGCACAGAGAUUGGAAAAAAAUAUAUUAACGAAACUGCACCCCUCAAAUCUCUACCAUUAGUGAUGGUAAACGAUGAAUCAAUCGGAAAGGUAUAUGAAAAUUUUACACGAUAUGUUUGUGAGGCUUACAGAGGCACUCCUGUUCCAGCUGCAUGCAAUGCAACCUUCAUUUGGAAAUAAGUUUUAUAAGCGCUAGAAGAAGAACAUUUUGCUGAGAGCUCUUCAGAAAAAGCACACAACCUUGUGUAAUCAAUGCUGCAUAUGCUUGAUACCAGUUAACAUUGAUAAUCAUAA